AUGGCGGCCUUCGAUGGAACGUCCUGCCCAGAGGCGCACCUAAUGGCCUACAAGAACCUGAUGCUGCUGUUUACCACUAACCCAUCACUGUGGUGCAAGUUCUUCCCAACUACUCUUACGGGAGUAGCUCUGACAUGGUACACCUCCCUUCUAGGGGGAAGUAUCCACAACUUUGCUCAACUGGAAGGCAAGUUCCUGGGUCAUUUUGUGGCGUCGAGAAGACAGGAAAAAUCAAAUUUCCAUUUGCUCAGCAUCACACAAUUGAAAGGAGAGUCCAUAUCAUCAUACUUGAAAAAGUUCCAUGAGGCGGUACUGGAAGUAACUGAUUUGGAAGAGUCGGUUGCAUUAAACGCCCUGAUUAACGGAAUGAAGGCUCAAAGGCUGAAGUUCCAGUUGGUCGAGAGCCAAGCACAUGAUCCUAAGAAACGAAGGUCGAAUAAGAAGGAUCUCACAUCCAAUCAUUCCUCAAGGAGCAGAGAGGAACAUUCAUCAAAGAGGAAAAGAAACUACUUGCCGCGUCGUCCAGAACCUCCGAAGGACAUAUUCUUCGCCAUCAGGGAUCAAUUGCCAAAUCCACCUCCUACUGCCACCCCCUCGGAUCGACGCAACUACAAUUUGUGGUGUGAUUACCACAAAGAGCAUGACCACACUUUGGCCCAAUGCCGCGAACUUAAACGUAUCCUACAUCAAUUGGCUGAUGAGGGGAAAUUGUCCAGAUUCAUCAACCGGAAGGAUUAUGAUGCUGGAAGAGAAGCAGAAAGGAGGCCGUGGAAUCAAAGACGCAGAACCUCCAAAAGGGAUGAGGCCAGGCGCGAAAGUUCCAACACACAAGCAACUAUCAACAUGAUUUUCGGAGGAUACACUAAAGAAUAUCCUACCAUCCACGCCGCAAGAAACAGCGUCCACACUCUGCUAAAAGGGCCCCCAAAAGCCUCAUAA